GGAAAUUUCAGUUUCGGAAAUCGCGUUGCAGCAUGCGACCGAGGGCCAAUAAAUUUGUACUAUUUUGAAAUGUAGUUUGUAGUACCUAGUGUUAGAAAAUCUCACUAAAAUGCCGCCCACAGUUCAAACAAACGAUUCUGAAAGGGAUAAGCGUCCUCAAAGGACGGGUGAGAGAAGGUCGGAGUUGGUGACACGAGUAAAGUAUUGCAAUACAUUACCAGACAUACCUUUUGAUUUAAAAUUCAUAACUUAUCCAUUUCCAUCGACGAGAUUCAUACAGUAUAAUCCAACGUCUUUGGAAAAGAGUUACCGCUAUGAAGUUCUGACAGAGCAUGACUUGGGAGUGCAUAUAGAUCUGAUAAAUCGCGACAUAUAUCAGGGUGAUGGAAAUUCAGCAUUGGAUCCCGCAGAUGAGAAGUUACUGGAAGAUGAUGUUCUCACUCCUCAGGAUUCCAAAAGAUCUCGUCACCAUGCCAAAAACGUGUCUUGGUUGCGGCGUUCAGAAUAUAUUUCUACAGAACAAACAAGAUUUCAACCUCAGACAAUGGAAAAGGUUGAAGCUAAAGUUGGUUACAAUGUCAAAAAGAUAUUCAGUGAGGAAACACUGUAUAUGGAUCGUGAAAGCCAGAUUAAGGCCAUAGAAAAAACCUUUGAAGACAACAAGAAGCCUAUAGAGAAGCACUAUAGCAAACCCGGAGUCACUCCUGUGGAGGUCAUGCCAGUAUUCCCUGACUUUGACAUGUGGAAGUACCCUUGUGCUCAGGUCAUAUUUGACACAGAUCCAGCACCUGCUGAUAAGAAUAUAGCAGGACAGAUAGAGGCCAUGUCACAGGCCAUGAUUCGAGGUGUGAUGGACGAAAGUGGAGAACAAUUUGUUGCAUAUUGCUUGCCCACCGAGGACACAAUUCAGAAACGUCGUCGUGAUAUUACUGAAAGCAUACCAUACAUGGACGGUGACACUUACGAGUACAAAAUGGCCAGGGAAUACAAUUGGAAUGUCAAAAGUAAAGCCUCCAAGGGUUAUGAAGAAAACUAUUUCUUGGUGGUCCGUAACCAUUGCGUGUACUACAACGAGCUGGAGACUCGGGUCCGCCUGUCGAAGCGUAGGGCUCGCGCGGGUGCUGCGGCGCAGGCUCUUACAAGACUCGUGGUCACCCAUCGCCCUCUCAGCGCUCCCGAGCACCGCAUGCUCAGACUGAGGGAGAAACAACUGGAGCCUCCGCAGGAGGAAGACGAAGAAGAAGAAGAGGAGGAUGAUGAGGAUGAGGAAGAGGACAAACAAGAACAACAGAAUGAAAAAGAAAGAUCGCGUUCUCGUUCAAAAUCGGGGUCGAAGUCUCCGCAAGGGUCGGAGAGGUCCAAAGGUUCGAGGUCGAGGUCAAGGUCAAGGUCGAGGUCGGGAUCGAGGUCACGGUCCCGCUCCAAAUCCAAGUCAAAAUCGCGCAGUCGCUCGAGGUCAGCGUCAGGAUCGAGGAAAUCGAGGUCGAGGUCAAGAUCUGGAUCAGCAAAGUCCGGGUCAGCGAGAUCACGCUCCGGUUCAGCCAAAUCCAAGUCCCGGUCUCGGUCCCGGUCGGGAUCCCGCGCAUCAUCCCGGGCCUCCUCCCGCGCUUCCACGAAGAGCAAGGCGUCUCGGGCCAGUUCUGGCAGCGCUCGGUCUAAGGCCAGCUCUAAGGGGAGCGGGAAGGGCUCCAAAGCAAGUUCAAAGGCGAGUUCCAGGGCGUCGUCUCGCGCUAGCAAACGGUCUUCUAGGGCUUCGUCCAGAGCCUCCAGGGCAUCCUCUAAAGGCUCUGGCUCGAAGGCCUCUUCUAGAGCCAGUUCUAGAAGGAACUCUGGUUCUGGCAGCGGCUCCGAGAAGUCCAAGAGUAGAUCCCCUAGUGGCUCCAGACAGGGUUCACGUAGCGGGUCAGCGUCGAGUGCGUCUUCGCGCCACAGCGCUUCUGACUAGAUUAAUAAUGAUAUCCUGUAAUUAUUUAGACUGUAAACUAUUUU